UGUUCCAUCUCACAGAUGGCAGAGUGGAUCAAGAUUUACUGAGAAAGAGUACUAGGGAUUGAAUCCAGGGCCUUUCGUUAGCGUUAGGCUAACGUGCCACCACUAAAAAAACCAGACACUCUAAAUCUACAGUCCUACAAUGAUUUAAACGAGACAACAAACAAGAGCAACAGACCAUCCUUCCCUUCCCUAUCCAAGGAAGGUCCCUCCAUCCGCUUCCUUCCUUGGCCCAGCAUCCAUUCUGCGCUCCGUCCUCCCAGCCAGCAGGUGCCCCUAGACCCCCGGCUCCUCCUCCUCCGCCGUCACAGCCUUGUCUCCCCCCUCCCUCUACAGCUUCCUGUCGGCGCGAUCCGGGCCCUGGGCUGUGGGCGCCCAGGCGCCAGAGGCUUCCUGGUGCGCUCCGCCAGGAUGGCCGUAGGUCUGUGUGUGCAGGUGCUGUGCAGCCUGGGUGGCUGGCUCUCACUCUAUACAUCUUUCUGCUGCUUGAAUAAACACCGAAGCUGUGAGUGGAGCUGUCGGCUGGUGACCUUCACCCACGGAGUCCUCUCUAUAGGCCUGUCUGCUUAUAUUGGCUUCAUCGAUGGUCCUUGGCCUUUUACCCACCCAGGCUCACCGAACACACCUCUCCAAGUUCACGUUCUGUGUCUUACCUUGGGCUACUUCAUCUUCGACUUGGGCUGGUGCAUCUAUUUCCAGUCUGAGGGUGCCCUGAUGCUGGCUCAUCACACAUUGAGCAUCCUGGGGAUCAUUAUGGCCCUAGCGCUUGGGGAGUCGGGCACAGAGGUCAACGCCGUUCUCUUUGGAAGUGAGAUCACCAACCCGCUGCUCCAGAUGCGAUGGUUUCUCCGGGAAACUGGCCACUAUCACAGCUUCACGGGGGAUGUGGUGGACUUCCUCUUUGUGGCUCUGUUCACUGGCGUGAGGAUCGGUGUGGGCGCUCAUCUCCUUUUCUGCGAAAUGGUCUCACCCACCCCCAAGUGGUUUGUGAAGGUCGGGGGUGUGGCGAUGUAUGCCGUGUCUUGGUGCUUUAUGGUUAGCAUCUGGCGCUUUGCGUGGAAGAAAAGCAUCAAGAAGUACCAUGCGUGGAGAAGCAGACGGAAUGAGGAGCGAUAGCUAAGACAUAACGGGCAUCUGAAGAUGCACUAGCCAAGGCUUGUUCCCAGUCAAUGGAUUGGGUUGAAUUGGCUAUGGGACCAGGGUCAGAAACAGAGCUGAGCUUAUAGGGCUUUAAAAGCGACCUUAUAGAGAGAGCACUUAGGUUUUGAAAAAGGGCUAAAGGUAUGUUCAUCACUUCAGUUUCUAGGCUGAGCACAUGCAGUUUUGAAACACCUUCUCCCGUAGUGGCAUCUGUGCACCCUCAGUGAUGAUUGACAAGUGGGCAGAACUCUAUAGUGAUGGCCACUGUCGCUUGUUUUUGGGUCCCCAUGUUCAUGGGAAGCCUUGAUAUUCAGACAGUUUGGAAAAGAACUUGAGUCAAGUCAGUGCUGUUUCUUGUUCUUUUUGGAAAUAACUCCUUUCCCACGCUCUCGAUUCCCACGAGACAUUUUAAGUAUGUUCAUCCCAUGUAAAGGGAGGGACUCUCAGGAAGGGACAUGGGUUAGGCAUUCAAGUAUUUGUGAAAGGGAGCUGUUAUGCCAAGAGGGACAGAAGGUGGGAGUGAAGCCAUCAAUGGCAGGAACUUUCCACUGAGCCUCCCUUUACUGACUGUGUCGGAGGUUCCCAAGGGCACCCUUGGCUUCCAUGAUUAAUCAAGAAGACUCGGGGCUUUGAUCUAUGACGAUGAAAGGAUAUGGAGACGACUCAGCAAAGGGAAAAGGAACCUUUGUCAAAGCUCAUGGGAUCUAAGCACUAGCUAGCUCCUAGUCUCCUAUUUGGAUGUACAGGAGUGAUUCAUGACAACACACAUGAAAGUCAUCAAACACUUGGUGUCCUGAGCUUUUAUGGCAACAGGUCACGAAGGCACCUUCUAAAUAGCCUAAGGCAAAAUUCAAGAUUCCCCAUAGUGGUCAUUUGGCGUAAACCAUAGUGUUUCAGAAACAGCAAGCAGCGAGGGCAAUCUUAACCGUUUCUGGUGGGAGCCCUCUCCAACCUUGCAAGCAGACCUUUGCACGGAUAGCAGCUCAGGAUUCCUAUGUUAACUGCGUGCACAAAAACUGUAGAGCUAGUGCUUUGGGUGCAGAUGGUGAAUGAGAUGUGGGUAGAUUUAGAUUUACUUGGUCCAGUCGUACGGGUUCUGCCCUACCAGGAAAAGUAUGCCAGUUCUCAGGGCUUUUGUGAAUUAAUCGGCUAGGCAUGAGAGGCCAGGGCUAAAUUCCACGGGGAUUUACCAUGUGGAUUCCACUGGACUUGAGAUAGAGUUCAGGUUUCAGCUCCUGGUACACACUGUAAACUAGAACCAAAGAUUUUAAUGUAAGUAUUAGCCUCAAGCUAUUUUCUUCCUUCCUUCCUUUCUUCCUUCCUUCCUUCCUUCCUUCCUUCCUUCCUUUCUUUCCUCCUCCCUCCCUCCCUUCCUUCUUCUUCUUCCCCUUUCUCCUUUCUCUUUGUUUUUGAUACAUGCCCUUCCCCCCCCCCCCUUUUUUUUUUAAAAUCACCUUUUCCCUUCUCCUGAGACUUCUCCUGAGACUCCUGGUCUUGCUUGUGUAGUUCAGGCUGGCCUUGAACUCUAUUCUGCUUAAGCUUCCUCAGUGCUGGGAAUCCUGUACCACCAUGCCUGGCUCCAGUGUAGGGCUUUAAUGG